AUGGAUCAUACAAACAUACAAGCAACUCAGCAGAAAGCGACUCAGCAGCAGCAGUCGUCCAAGCCGAAAAAUCGCCAGGGACACGUCAACAAGGCUACCUACGAGACCCUCACCUUCGACUCAAGGGACAGUGAAGGAGGACAAUAUUUCCGAGUGAGGCCAAGAAACAGCUCUGUCCUGGAAGGUGGUAUGGUGACAAUACCCUGCGAGGUUGGAAACAGAGUUGGCACUGUGCAGUGGGUGAAGGAUGGCUUCGCUUACGUCAUACAACCGAAUGGAGAAAUUGUCGGACAUCCACGAUUGAGAUUAAUGGGAGACCAAAACGCCGGAAUCUACAAUCUGAAUAUCACAGGGGCUUCUUUGACCGACGAUGGAGAGUAUCAGUGCCAAGUUGGACCAUAUUUGCGCAUUAAACCAAUCCGUGCCAACGCUCAUCUCAUCGUUAUCUCACCGCCGCAGAAAGUGGAGAUCAGCAAUCAUCCGAACAAGACGAAGAUCGAGGUGAAGGUUGGCGAGUCCCGCCAAUUGGAAUGCGUGGUUCGAUCGGCCAAACCUGCUGCGACGAUCGUCUGGUACCGUGGAAACGUUCAAAUCAAAGGAGGUGACACGGUGGUCGAACCGAUAUCCAUCGAAGGUGACAAAGAGCUACAGAAGCCGGGUGAAAACAAAAAGGAAUUGCUGAAAUAUGACACCCACGGCUCUAUUGUCAUCGUCCCCACUGCAGAUGACAACGACAUGGAUUACACCUGCGAGGCCAAUCACCCUGCCAUACCCAUCGACAAGCCCUUAAGGGCCACCAUCAAGCUUUCCGUUUUUUAUCCACCCGGUGUACCGUUCAUCGAUGGUUAUACCGAGGGAGAGACAGUGAAACGUGGACAACAGGUGGACAUGAACUGUCGAUCUCGAGGUGGAAAUCCACCCGCGCAAAUUGUCUGGUACAGAAACAACGAGCAGAUUAACACUGUGUAUCGAACAGAAGGCAGCUAUUCUGAAAGUAUGUUGUCGAUCAUCGCUAAGGCCCAAGAUAAUAACGCCAAGUAUAGAUGCGAGGUGUCCAAUAUCAUGAGCGUAGAGCCUAUGAAGGUGAACGCGGAUCUGACUGUGCUUUUCGCGCCGUCCGGUGUGACGAUCACCGGUCCAACAGAGGCGAAGGCGGACGAGCAAGUGGUGAUCACAUGCACCACGGAGAACUCGAAUCCUCCGGCUGACAUCAAGUGGACUGUGGACGGUCACAAUUUCGAGAGCAACGCUUCCAGAACGGAGCCGGCGUCUCAAGGUGGCUGGAUCACAACGUCGAACGUAACGUUCAACAUAAACCGUACCAGCCGAAACAUCGUGGUGAUAUGCGACGCGUCGAACGUCAAACUGACGGAGAACGUUGUCAGAACGCACACUAUAACUGUGAUCUAUCCACCGUCGACACUUAGUAUCACCGGUUACCAAGAGGGGACGACGAUCGACGCUGGUACAUUACUGGAAUUGAAGUGCACCGCAAUUUCCGGAAAUCCCCUCGCCACGUUGAGCUGGUACAAGAACGACAAAAAGGUACAGGGAACCAAGAAACCGCGAGACCACGCAGUUUCCAGUGAGCUGACGAUACUCGUAAACGCGUCCGACAAUAACGCGCGCAUACGAUGCGAGGCGGUGAAUUCCGCCACCGAAAUUCCUCUGCUCAAAGUGCUCGUCCUGAAAGUCAACUUUCCGCCCGAGAAAGUCAAGAUCAGCCGCGAGCCGCAGAAUCUGCACGCGGGCCAGGAGGGUCGUAUCAUUUGCGAAUCGAGCAGCAGUAAUCCGGCGGCGGAGAUGUCGUGGUGGAAGGGCGGCAUCCCGGUACAGGGUACCAAAAAUGGCACUAAGCCCGGCUUACACGGUGGAUUUCUGUCGUUCGUCGAGCUCUUGUUGGACGUGACGGAAGAAAUGAACGGAGAGGUGUACACGUGUCAGGCGAGAAACAAUCAAAUGGAAAGGUCUAUCCACGACGCCACCACACUCGACGUGUUGUAUAAACCGAUAUUCUCGACAAUCGAGCCUUAUGAAUUGAUCGGAAUGGAGGGAGAACCCUUCGUGAUUUCUGUCACUGCCAAGGGGAAUCCCAAUGAGAUAAGGUAUACAUGGACAAGGGAUGGUCUGCCGUUAGUUAGCAGUAGCAGACGAAUAUCCGUUCGUGGAUCUACAUUGAAUAUCACUAAAUUGGAUCGACACGAUGCUGGAACUUACAUCUGCGAAGCGACUAACGAGGAGGGAACGACGUUUUACCAAUUAAAUUUAACUGUACAAUACUCGGCGAAAAUUAAACGCACCUCGGCGUCGGGAAUAGUGUAUCCUCCAGGAUUCGAGGCGAAAUUGUUCUGCGAAGUGGACGGCAGCCCCAUAGGGGACGAAUACGUCACGUGGCAGAAAGUUGGCUCGAACUCAGAACUCUCCGGCCGAUAUUCCACAUCUUUUAUCAACAAAACUUCGUAUCUACACAUCGAAAACCCUGAUCAGGAAGACGUCGGGGAAUAUCAGUGCAAAGUUAACAAUGGCAUCGGCAACGUUACCUCUGAACCGAUUCUAUUCGUUACCAACUUCAAACCGCAAAUGAUGAAUACACCGUUGACGAGAAGAGCUGCAGCGAACAAGGGGAUAAACGUGCAGCUGUUUUGUAAAGCACGGGGUUCACCGUUGCCACGGUUUAGCUGGUCAUUCAAUGGGAAAAAUUUGCUGCCUAAUGUCACCGAGCAUAAAUACGGCAUUGCUCACACCGACCUAAGCGAAUUAAUUUCCGAGUCGUCGCUGACCAUUUUCCGCGUGACGUCGCACGAUUACGGGAAAUACGAGUGCCGGGCGAUGAACAACAUGGGAGAGUCGACGGAUAUCAUCCACCUGGACGUGACAUCGCCGCCGGACAAACCGAGCGACCUGGAGGUCUACAACGUCACCCACGACUCCGUUACCCUGAUGUGGAAAAGAGGAUUCGACGGGGGUUUGCCGACCUCCUACCAAAUACGCUGGCGGGAAGCCCUCGACUACGAGGAUCGAUACCACUAUCUGGACGUAUCACCGGGAGAAUAUAAAACCACGAUAACAGGACUGUCCCUCGGGACUUACUACGUGUUCAGCGUGAAAGCCAUUAAUGAGAAGGGAGACAGCGGCUUUUUGCCGGACCUUGUCAAAGUUCAGACGCUACGGGAGGCACCACCUACCGACGUGACAUCCAGCGAGAUUAAUUCUUCCUACAUCAUCGUCAUUAUCAUCACUGUUUCCGCCUCUGUUUGCCUACUCAUUGCUGCGCCCAUAGUCUUUGCUACAUUAAAAUCGAAAAAGAAGGCUCAACGUUCCGGUAUAAACAAAUCGCAGACGGCGGAUAUGUACGCACCAUCGACAGUGAACGGAGACACCAUGACCGGUGAAUUAAGUUCGGUCUCGGAUGAGAAGAGCGACGUUAACUUCGACACUAACGAUUACGUGGACGAGGGGCGAAAAACAGCAGCCAGCACGUAUUUAAUAGAUCAGACAAUGCAAGACUUCGGAAAAGGAAACAUGGAAAUGCAGGUACAUCACCAGGGAACUCUUGGUCGUCGUGGCAACCACAUUCAACCGCCAAUGAACAUGGAUUCACCGCCGCAGCGAACUACGGCCAGUGGGACACUUUCUGUUUCGAAAUCGAGCUACAUCGGCAACCCUAGUCCAGCGCCACCGAACGACGUGAACUUCUACAGCGUGGAAAUCGACAAUGGCCGCUAUAUGGGUUACGAGACGAACCACAGUCCGAUUCCAGUGAUGGGGGAUCCGGGUUCAGGUAGCUACUACCCCUCCAUGAGUCCCACAGGACAUAUGAUGUCAGGACAUGUGAGCAGCGGAACGGGCACGCUGACGCGUAGCAGGACUCUGCCACGUCCUGUUCCACCGCCAGAUGUGACAGUGAUGACUGCCGGUUCAAAAUCGCCGAUACCACCGUCGGUACCACCGCCACCCACCACCUUUGCUCGAUCGGUAUCGAGCAACGCGCAUACCCACGGUCAUCCGCUGUCAACUUUUACCCCCACCCCAGCCUAUUCCGACAUCGACGGCCAUCUUGUCUGA